AUGAUGACAACUCGCCGGGUCAAAAUUUUUGGUUCACAAUUAUCUUUCUGCAUAUCAAGAAAUUUCAUCACUCGAAUACCACUGCAAACAUCAUUCGGAGUCACACCAGCGCCCCCACGGUUAGAUAAAGAAGAACAAGAAGAGUUCGAGCGUCUCAAUAAACUCUCAGCUCUUGCAAGAAGUUCACAUAACUUCAAGACUCCAGAAGAAUCACCAAAAGUCUCGGAAAUUUCAGAAGCCAAUGCAGAGAAGCCUGAAUUUCAGGCCAAAUUAGAAGCUGAAGGAGACGGUCGUGAAUUACAUCCAGAUAUCCGUCGAGGGGCUGAGCCAGAAUUUUACGGCGAUGUAAAUCCUCAUACUGGAGAAAUUGGAGGUCCAAAAAAUGAGCCUCUUCGGUGGGGCAGCACUGGUGAAAGGGGUGAUUGGAGCUAUAACGGCAGAGUAACAGACUUUUAA